AUGCCGUGGGAAAUGGUUGAAUCCGACUUUACUGCAGACCGAGCUUCCACUAACGCAGGCAACGCUCCAAUAUUGACGAGAACCAAAGCGUGUGCAUUUCCUGCCGUGACACGACCGAAAAAACGAUGUUCCCCAUUUAAAUCCAUCCUAUUUCAACAAAAGAAAGGGAUCGCAGGGUUCGUCUCUCUCCGCGCCCGAUACAUCGUCGCUCUUAUCUUCUGGUAUUGGCAUGGAGGAGGGCCAGGAAACCUUAGAGAAGUUCAAAUCAUUAUUUUACGGUUAAGGACACAACGAUUGUCAAAGAAGGACCUUUUGUUAAGGGUACUUGUUAUAUUUUUAGGUCCUGAGCCUCCAGGUUUUGAUGAUUCCGAUUCGGAUUCUGACAAUACCGACAACGUUGUCAGUCCCGGAAAUUCGAUUGUGGUUCAGCCAUAUUCGGCUACUCUUUCUUCCAUUGUUCCAGAUGAUUCAGCCUCCGAAAACGGAUCAACUGGCAUAUACAUAACAAGCCAUUCUCGUGAAGACGACAACAGCAUCAAACUACGAGUGAUUGGUGCUGGAUCUUGUUUCGACGAAUCCGACAACGAUGCUGCCAAGGGAAUGGAAGAAACUGAAAGAAAGUCUCCAAACAAUGAGGAGAAGAAACAAAAAUAGGAGGGAAAAAAGAUUUAUUUUCUUGAUUUUAU